AUGCAACGCACGGAGAAUAGUACCGACGAAGAUCCUUUCGUGGACCGUGAAGAUGCGCCCUUUUUAGACCCGGAUUCGACGAACGUACGAGCUUCUUCCCACGAUGGCGGAGACAAAGCCUCUCGAGAAAAGCUGCGCAUACGGCUCAUGAUCACACUAUACGCGAUAAUCCUGCUUGUUGAAACAGGCAAUGCCAUGACCCACGGCCCAAUCACUCGUAUCUACGAGUCGAUCGCUUGCAAAAAUUACUACCAAACGGCGGACCCAUCGAAAAUCGGGACCGACGGGCAGGUACCGGAAGACCUGUGCAAAUUGUCGGAAAUUCAAGGGGAGAUUGCUUUGAUCAAGGGGAUUUCGGAACUUUUUGAUGGGGUGGCCAGUAUCUUGCUCGCGAUCCCAUAUGGGCUGAUGUCCGAUCGCAUCGGGCGCAAGCCUACGAUUAUGCUGAGCAUUCCAGGCUUCAUUCUUAAUAUGGUCAUCUCCGGAACGGUUCUGUGGUGGUCGAAUAUUUUUCCGCUGCGUGCGAUCUGGCUGUCAGCUCUGGCAUGGCUGUUCGGAGGGGGCUUGGUCGUUGCGGCUGCACUGGUAUGGACAAUGAUGGCCGAUGUGACCACCGAAAAACAGCGGUCGGCCAUGUUCUUUCAAUUUGGUGUUGUGGUUAUGGGCUCCGAGUUUUUGAGUAACACCGUCGGGUCGUGGUUGAUGAUAUAUUCUCCAUGGGAACCCUUGCUCAUCGGCUGGGGCAUUAUCAUUGCUGGUUUGUGCCUGGGGCUUACGCUGCCGGAAACAAAGAAUGCAUUCUCCCCCAGCACACAUCCGGACCAAAAACAAGAGCAAGAAUACGAAUUGUCAGAUAUAUCAAGCGCCGGCGGAGACGAAUCAGAAGGAUCUUUGCCUUACACGAAAACGAUCCCAGUGCAAGAGCCACCAAAAACAUUAUGGGCCCGCACCAGAGCAUCAAUCAUGGCAUAUUCUUUCUUGUUUCAAGACAGACAGGUCAUCUUGCUUUGCUCUGCUUUCCUGGUAUACAAGCUUAGCCGAGGGACUGCGUGGUUCUUGAUCCAGUACGUCUCGGUAAGAUACAAUUGGAGCCUGGCUGCAGCAAACUUGAUCAUCUCGCUGAAAUCGAUCUUGAUGGUUGCUCUUUUCAUCGCCGUUCUGCCCCUGGCAUCUUGGUAUUUACAGAAGAAACGAGGACUUGACAGUCGUAGCAAAGACAUGAUUCUCACCAAAACUAGCGUCGUGUGUUUGCUACUGGGCACGCUGGGCAUGGGUCUCUCGCCGCAUGUCGCUGUUAUGAUAUUCUUCCUCGUGAUUCAGACUAUGGGUGCAGGAUUCGUCUACACUACGCGGGCAGUGGUCACAACCAUGAUUCAGCGCAAUCAAACUGCCCGACUAUAUACUAUGAUUGAGAUCAUCCAAGCAUUCGGCAUGAUUCUGGCUAGUCCUAUUAUGACUGGGUUCUUUAACUGGGGUCUUUCGCUGGGUGGCUUCUGGAUAGGUCUGGCCUGGAUUGUCGCUUCAAUCCUCUUUGGCAUUGUGGGCCUUAUUAUCUGGAGAGUCAAGUUGCCUGCGGUCUCUACCAUGUCUGACGAUUGA